AGCCCGCGCGCCGCCGCCUCGUGCGCAGGCGCGGCCCGGGCGGCGCGGCGGCGGCGGCGGCGGGCUGCGGCCCGGGAUGCUCCAGCGUGCGCGAUGGCCCCCGCCAUGCAGCCGGCCGAGAUCCAGUUUGCUCAGCGGCUGGCGUCCCACGAGAAGGGCAUCCGGGACCGCGCGGUGAAGAAGCUGCGCCAGUACAUCAGCGUGAAGACACAGAGGGAGACAGGAGGUUUCAGCCAAGAAGAACUUCUAAAAAUAUGGAAAGGGCUCUUCUAUUGCAUGUGGGUGCAGGAUGAACCCCUUCUACAGGAGGAGCUGGCGGACACUAUCUCCCAGCUUGUCCACGUGGCUAACAACUCAGAGGCUCAGCACCUGUUCAUCCAGACCUUCUGGCAGACCGUGAACCGGGAGUGGCCGGGCAUCGAUGGGCUGCGCCUGGACAAGUUCCACAGGCUGAUCCGUCUGGUCCUGAGGCAGUCCUUUGAAGUUCUGAAGCGGAACGGCUGGGAGGAAAGCCGAAUCAAGCUUCUCCUCGACGUCUUGAUGAAGGAGGUCCUGCAUCCUGAGAGUCAGUCUCCGAACGGAGUGAAGUUCCACUUCAUUGACAUUUAUCUGGAUGAGCUGUCCAAGGUGGGGGGGAAGGAGCUUUUGGCAGAUCAGAAUCUCAAGUUCAUCGAUCCAUUCUGCAAGGUCGCUGCCAAGACGAAGGACCAGACUCUGGUACAGACGAUAGCUAGGGGUGUUUUUGAAGUCAUCAUGGAUCAGUCUCCUUCUGUACCUGAAGAGACGGUCGAGGAGCAGAAAACCAAAGUGGGUGACCGUGACCUUUCUGCAGAAGAGACGUCUGAAGAUGAGAUGACGUGGAGAAAAGGAGUCAGUAAAAAAACGGCGCUGGGCAGGUAUCACUCCAGAAAAGAGGGGGUUGCUGAGGAAGGUGGACUGGAUGGCAGCAGAAGUGUGGAGGACGCCGGGCCGCUCCUCCAGUUUGACUACAAGGCAGUUGCUGACCGACUCCUGGAAAUAACCAACAGGAAAAACAUCCCUCCCUUCAACAGGAAACGUCUUUCUAAGCUAAUCAAAAAAUUCCAAGAUCUCUCUGAAGCAGGCAGUCUCUCUCACCUCGGUUUUGCUGAGGACACUUCUGCUGAGGGAGGUGACCAAAGCCUCACUCAAGGAAGGCGUGAGAAGAAAGAGAAUAAACUUGUGGAGAAGACGGAGAUGGAAAGAGAGAGAGGGACCAAGGUCUCUCCUGCCGAGGAAGAGGAGAGUGCAGGUGGCGCUCCGAAGAGAAAAAGGAAGAAGAAGAAGAAGAAGAACCACCUUCGGCCUGAACGCUUAGGGCCCGAUGGUGCAGCCACGUGCCCAGAGCAGGCUGGCAGCCAGGAGCCCGAGGCCGGUGCCCGUCCCGGAAGCGCCCAGCAGGCGAGCGUGGCCGCGCUGGGGACGCUGGCCACGCCCGGCCCCCGGGAGCAGAUCGGCUCGGCGCGCCCCUCCGUGCACAGCAGGAGGAAGCGCCCCAGGAAGCGGAGUCUGAGGGUCCCGGUGGAGAGCCCGGGCUCUGCGGAGGGAGCGGCCCCGGCCGGUGGCGCCCCAGUCCUGAAGAGGAAGCGGGAGCUCGGGGCCCUGCUGGUCAACGGCAGCAGCCCACCCGUGCUGGCCUGGGCCCCGGCCCUGGCGGAGGGCCCUCCAGCAAGCCCAGCAGACAGCGAGGACCGCCCUGCCACCCCGCCCCUGGGCGGGAAACUGAAGAAAAAGAGAGGGAGGCCCAGCAGCCUUGACCUCUGUGACCCGUCCACUCAGAAAGCUGCCGUUAUGAGAAAGAGGAAGAAGAUGAACGAGCUGUCAAAGCUGGCGGAGCGCAGAGGGAUCAAGCUCAUCCAGGCUCUGGGGAGCAGCGGGGCACUCAGCCCUCUGAAGAGGAAGCGGAGGACGGAGAAGGACUUUGUGAAGUUCGACGCCGCCUCCUCCCCGAAGCCCCUGUUCUUCAGGAAGGCCAAGAGCGGCACUGCCGCCCCCUCGCCAGCCCCCGCUCUGCAGCCACACAGAACACCGUCCAGCUCCAAGAAGGUGACCUUCGGGUUGAACAGGAACAUGACGGCGGAAUUCAAGAAGACGGACAAGAGCAUCUUGGUCAGUCCCACGGGCCCUUCGCGGGUGGCCUUCAACCCUGAGCAGAGGCCCCUGCACGGGGUGCUGAAGACCCCCACCAGCUCGCUGGCCAGCACAGCCCUGGGGACCAUGAAGGCGCUGACCGCCACGCCAAAGAGAAGGCCAACGGCCAUGGACUUCUUCUAGGACAGUCAAGAGUCCUUUUAAAGACUGCUUUUGUACAGGGUGUUCUAUAAAUUAUAGCGUUGGAAAGGUGGGGCCUUUUUAUUGUUUUCUAAAUUCCCACAAUUGUACGUUCGAGGUUCCGGGUGAGCCGCGGGGCCGCGGGCGUCUGGGCUGAGCUGCGACUAGAUGAAUCUGGGGCGUGGGCUCUCCCUUCAGGCCUUCUCAGCUGUGGGCGACCUCGGUGCCCCUGCGGUGGCGCCAGGCCUGUGGCUGAGCGCAUGCUGCCCGGGGACUUCCCAGGGCCCCGGCUGCCUCACCAGCCCCCGGCGGGUGCAGAACUGCCGAGCGAGGCUGGCUUUCCAGUAUGGUCUGUUUUGUUUCUUUUCCAAAGCCUGUAGGGCUUGGUUCCCAUGCUCCGUGGUUGUUUGGCAGUUUGGGUGGAGGUGACCUGUAACUGCUUUUUCUCCGCACUCUCAGUGCCCGCUCGGCGGUGGUGGCCCUGCACACUGGGGGCGCACGCAGGGGCAGGAGAGAAGAGCCUCUUUCCUCGGGGGUCGGGCGUUUCCUUCCCUCCGCCGCAGCCUGGUUUCCUACCUCUGGGCCAGCUGAGGGUGUCCUCCCCGGGCGCCGGGCACAGGCCCGUGUGCGGGUCCUGGUGGUCCGGGUGAGUCGGCGCCCUCCGUGGCUGGUGGCCCCAUGAGCAGCUUCCCCGUCUUCAGUCCCAGCUCCCGUCUUCAGAGGCGCGGCCACCGUGUCUGAAACCUGGGUUCCUGCUGGAAGGCAAAGCAGCGGCCUUGAAGAGUGGUCUGUGCUUAUUUAUUUGCUCAUCGCUCCCUUUUCUCAGAUGUUGAAGUUUGCACUUACAGAUUUUUAUGAAGUUCUAGUUUUAGUUCAUUACCGCAGUCGGGGGUGGGAGGCGCUCAGACUUCAGUUGGAGAAACAGCAGUGCAGCUCAGAGCAGUGCCGGCCGGGCGCGCUCCUCUCGGGACGCGGCGUCUGGCCCUCGAGCCUGAGUGCUGGGUGGGACACAGAACCAGAAACCUCAGGACAGCCCCAGGGCCCCUCCUGGCUCUGUCUUGAGUGUACAGCCCUAAGGAGGGGUGCAGAAUGUGGGGGGGACGUACGUCCAGCUCUCGGCUCAGGCGACCUCAGGCCUCCUCCCUCCCCCCGCGCAGGAGCCCCAGUUUCUCAGCACAGCCCAAGCCAGCCCCCUUCGCUGCUCCCCAGCAGAGGACCCCAGCGUUGCCUCGGUGGACCCAGCCGGGACUUGGGGUGACAGCCCCGCUGGGGUCGCAGGGCUGAUGUGACAUUGGUUUCCUCAAUCACGUGAUCAGGGUGGGGCCCUCUGCAGAGACCUCUGCAGAGACUGCUGUGCUUGCAGGUCAGGGCGGCGGGCCUGUGGGGGCCCUGGUGAGGAGGGCGUGUGAACUGUUCUCCGCCUGCUGUCUAAUAAAGCUUUGUCACAAUCAGGCCACGAGAAAACAGUCGUUAACAUCGUGGGGUUAAGUCAUUGUAACACGGCCUCACGUGUGAGGUGACCUUGUGGUGGCUGCGUGGCUUUUCGUGUGCUGCCUUUGAUGUAGUCCAUCGAAACCAAAACUGGUAGUGUGAGAGGGUUAGAUUUGAAUACUCAGAUAAGUUUAACUUUCUGUUUUAAAAACAAUGUUUGACUAUCCUUGGUCAAAUUAUUUUUUAUCCAUUUUUAUUUUAGCAUUCAAGAUGGGUCAUGUCGCCACAUGGGCCGUGUAGUCCAGCGUCUUAGCAAGACGUCUUGUCCCACAGCAGCAGUGGCUCAUUUGUCCCGCAGUGGAGGGCGGGGACUUUCUUCUUCGCCCUGAGGUGUCAUCUGUCACUCCUGAGGCCCCAGUGGGGCGUCGCAGGGACGUCCCACCUGGGUCUGGGGCCCAGGAGUGACAGUGUCUCAGAUGCCACGUGCCCUUCUCUGACUGUCCUGACUUAACUCCAUUUUGUGGGUAAGCUCAGUAGGCUUACUGUGGCUUAUUUUUAAUGCCUAAAUUUUGGCAACAAAGAAAGAAAAAACACAAUUUUUUAAAAUGCUCAUUCCAUACACUCACAAGAGUGUCUCACGUGAGAAGAAUGUCUUUAGAACACCAGUUUUCUAUUGAAUGCGUGUUAUUUUCCUAGGUACAGUUGCCGGGGGAACUUGGAAGUCCAGAAAAGGAAAUGGUGUAAGUUAAUGGCAGGAUCUUCCAGGAUUUUUUGUAAAAUGAUCCCCCUUCCUCAUGCCCCAUAAGACUGAUUAAUUUUGUACGAUUUGGUAUCACGCUUUGCAGAUGUAUUACCCUUUCUAACUGUUACCGAACUGAAAGCACAAGGAAAAGCAUAAAGAAAAUCGGGAAGCAGUUGCUCGUGUUGGAAGGAGUGUGAAAUUGAAUCCGUCCUUUGACUUGUGUGCGUGUGUUUUCUCUGAGUUUUCCUGACUCUGCUGGCAAGGCCUGUUUGUUUACAAUCAUUUUGUAUUCAUGUCUGCAGAGUUUAUCAGUACUCGUCAAAGCCAAAUCCAAUAAAAAAACCGGUCUUUG